AUGGGAUCAUGCACAGACCAUGCUGGGCGAAGGGUAACAAGUACUAAGAAAGGAAGGUUCAUGGGAAAACAAAGUACAAGAUUGACUUGGGAGCUAGAGAUGAACUUGUUCAAGCUCACCCAAUGCACAGAAGUCACCAAGAAGGAAAAAGAAAAGAGCAGGAACAUCUUAUGCAGCUGGAAGAAGAAGAUAUCACAGCUCGAGCAUGACAAGAAGACAAUGUGGAUAUCUCUCACCUAUGCAAUCAACUCUGUGAGGAAGACACAGAGCUUGACAAACUGCACAAGGAGAUCAAGAGCUGGUAUGAUGCAGAAUUCUUUGAUGGCUGAGGAAGCUCUCAUCUCAGCAAACAAGGAGGAACAAGAGAGGCAUUUGACCAUUGAACACACAUGGGCAGAAGAGCAAAUUAUUUCUUCAGAGUUGGAGCAUGUCAACUUGGAACAUGCUACUGCCAUCGAAACCACCAACCAGGACCUCAACACAGCCCACCAAGAAUCUGCAGAACUCUGCAACACCAUUGAAGAUCUCCAGAAUGACAAUGAGACCCUCAAAACCAAGCUCCUUAACAUGGAAGAAGAAUCGAUGUCUUAA